AUGCAGUCCAACGGCGCCACCAUCCGCUACGCCACACGCGAAGACGUCCCCGCAAUCCUCUCCCUCAUAAAAGAACUCGCCGCCUACGAAAAAGCCUCCUCCUCAGUAGAAGCCACCGAGUCCACCCUGCUACAAACCCUCUCCUUCCCCCAACCCACCUCCUCCCCCACGCAAUUCACCCCCGGCUUCGCCAAAACCCUCCUCGUCACCGCCCCCGACGGCUCCACCUGCGCCAUGGCCCUCUUCUGCUACAACUACAGCACCUGGACCGGCCCCGGCGUGUAUCUCGAGGACCUGUUCGUCCAGCCUGAUUAUCGCGGGAGGGGGUACGGGACCAUGUUGCUGGCGCAGUUGGCGCGCGAGACGAAGAUGGUGGGCGGGAAGAGGCUGGAGUGGAGUUGUUUGGAUUGGAAUACGAGGAGUUUGGCGUUUUAUGAGGGUGGGAAGGUGGGUGCGAAGAGGAAGACGGAGUGGCUUGGACUGAGGGUGGAGGGGGAGGCGUUGGAGAAGUUGGCGGGGGAG